CUUAAAAUAAUAUAAUAAGACAUGCAAAGACCGCCCCCAUUAUCAUGGUUAUCAACUUUCUGUAAACUUCCGCGUCGGCGUGCUGUAUUUUUCAAGAAAAGCAGGAGUUGACACGCACACCUGGCACCUGGCAGACAUGGACUUGAAACGCUUUCUACCUCUCAUAUUUGCCCUUUACAUUUUCCUAGCAGUCGGUUUAGUCCUUUUGUUCACUAGAAAAACCACCGAAAUCCACAUUGAGACGAUUAAGCGAGAACAUUUCACGAAUUUUUCACAAAUAUCUACAAACAAGAGCAGAAAUGCAGCUUUAAGUUUUGAGGACAUAAAAUUCGCCACGCUGUUUGACGACAUUGCCCUGAAGGAUUUGUCCGACGUGCAGUUGGCUGUGAUUUACAACCAGACCCUCCUGGAAAGCUAUUUCGACGACCAAGCCACUUUUUACAUUCUCCACGACGCUUUCCAAGGCACAAACUAUCUCUCCCUUGCAAAGGACCCUGUCUGCGUUGCACUGACUUUGUCACCUGACCAAAUUCCACAAAUUGCAAAUUAUUUGCAAACCUGGCCAGGCAGCGUUUCCGUGGCAGUCUUCGUUUCUUCUUUGGAUUUCUACUACGCUAUUAUUUUGAUCAACCUCCUGCGGGAGUGCAAUAAAGACGUUUUCAAACAGGUCAGUUGGCAUUUCGUUCUGCCGAGGAAUUUCACCCCACCAAUUAGCAAGCUGGGGAUUUUGAGGACAGAACUAGAUUGUUCUGUGGACAUGCACGAAUCGUACAAUGUGUUGAGCAAAUUGUUUAACAAAGACAAGGAAAAAUCGCCUCUGCCGCUGCCAAUUAACACGAUGCGAAACGUGGCGAGCAGGCAUUGCAGAAACGAAUGGGUCAUUGCCCCAGAGGUCGACCUCAGAUUUCCUUCUGACAAAUCAAUUUAUCCGAAACUGGUGAACUUCUUCAACGCAGCCAAUGCUUUCCAGUGCGUCAAGUGCGCCUUUUUGCCGGCGACGUACGACGUUCUCAACGGCGUCAUUCCUGAAAACAAAAAGCAACUCGUGGAGCUGGUUUUAAACGGAACUGCACACGUGUACCACGAGAAGAAAAGCAAUUUCAGAAAUUUUACAGGAAAUCUCAGUUUCUGGGAAGCUUUGCCGCACAAUAAUGAUGACUUUGUGGUUGCCUCCAAAAUUAAUUUAAAGUUUCCCGACCAGCCAAUUUACAUCACGAGACAUGGCAUGCCGAAAUUUGAUGAAAGAUAUUUGGGACACAGCUGGACCAGAAGUGUCCAGGCUCUGGAAAUGCAGCUUGCGGAGUACAGGUUUUUCCUUCUGGACACAAUUUUCCUUGUCCAUGUGAAUGGCACGAAGAUCAAUCAGGCAAAUACUCAAGUGAACAAGCAAAUUUUGACUCAUCACUUGAGAGAACUGUCAUUGAGAUACGACGAAUACCUGGAAGAACUAAUCGAGCUCUACCCGUACGAUUCUCCUCGGCUGGUGGACAUUGUGCAGUCACCCCAUGAACUAGAGAGGAAAACCGACCGUGAAGGUCUUCAAGGAAAAAUAAAAAAUGCCGAUUAAAUUAUUUAUAAGAACAAUUUUUAUUUGUUCUA